AUGGAUUACUAAAAACUGAACCGAAGCACCCGAAACGACUCAAGCUCCACGUCCCCGGCAGCAAUUUGUGAGCUCCAGCCUCCAGCCCUGAUUCAAAACUUCUCCUUCAGUUUGAGCAAAGACAUGGAUCCCGAUGCUGCGCGAACGGCGAGGGAGUCACUGGACCUGGCGUUCCACAUGUCGAACGUUCUGGACACGGGGCUCGAUCGCCACACCCUCUCUGUCCUCAUCGCUCUCUGUGAUCUGGGUCUCAACCCUGAGGCUCUCGCCGCUGUUGUCAAAGAACUCCGCACAUCUAGAGAGCUGCAGACCACUUCUUCGCCCCCUACGUCUACUGCUCCGUCUUCUCUUUCCUGAAACAGGUUCGUUCGUCGUAUUUAUGAUAGGGGCAAUGUUGAUUGUGAGCAUACCUGAUGUCAAUUCGAAAGUGAAAUGGUUAGGGUUUUACGUGUUUGUGUGUUGUGGGUGUGUGUACUCUAACUGUUUGUUAAAAUUCCUAGGCGAACAAGUAAUUCAAACUGUCAUGUAAUGUGCAUAAUUGCCUUGUAUGUGCUUCGUUUUCUUAGCUGAAUCAAUCUCUAGAUUUUUCAAUGAGCUCUUCCUUCUUAGAAGAACUCAAAUUUGGUAAUUCAAAAAUGAUAAACGAAUGCGAAGAAACGUUUCCUUUUC